GUAUAUCAGUUAUCAGUUAUCACACAUCGAGUUCCAGCAAUUUUUACAAAGUGUUUUAAUUUUUAAUUAAUAUUUUCUUCAAUUUUAAACGUGUUAAUUCCUGAAAAAGAUCCUUCGGCGAGAUUCGAAGACAAUAUCAUGUCGUUCAACUUGUUCGAACUUGGACGAAGAGCCAUUUACUGUAUUGGAUCAGGCGAUUGAUUGUUUGUUGAUUCAAUAUUCAUCUACGUAGUUCUACAUCUUCUUACGAUGGGUGUUCGGGGAUUGCAGACAUUUUUAGAUCGGGAUUGUGCCUCAGCUUGUCGUCCUGUCAAUGUAACGGAACUAGCGGAAAAGUACAAAAACGAAACCGGAAAAGAUGCGAUAAUAGUAGUGGACACAGCGACGUUUUAUUGGCCUUGGUUCAAAGGUAUAGAUUGGCUAAUCGGAUACGAAAUACAAGAAUACUUGCAUCGGCUACGUACGUUCGUCGAAUGGUUUCAGAAAAUCGGCGUAAAGCUGGUUUUUUUCGUGGAUGGCGUGACAAUUGAGAAGAAAAGACAGACGUGGCUGAGUCGUAAAAUAAGAAACCUGGAAAAUAUUCUCGAAUUGUGCGAUGUUCUCGACCUCGAGAAAGGAUUACGUACGAGAGAUAUUCCAGAGGAAUACGUUUCGUUGCCACCGGCGAUGGAUGUAAUCACAUUGAUGUUGCUGAAGCAUGUUUUAAAUUGCGAGGUGUAUGUGACGAUCGAAGAAUGCGACGAAGAAAUGCUCGAAUACGUGCAUGAGAACGAGUGCAUGGCGAUUUUCACCAAUGAUACUGAUUUCAUCGUGAGCGAUAUGAACAAAUGCAAGGUUUUAUCGACAAGACAAUUCGAUCCAAGAAGCAUGACCACUGUGCUGUAUGAUCGAGAAGCAUUGGCCUCUAGUUUAAAUAUCAGAACCGAUCAGUUACCUUUAUUAGCUAUCUUGGCUGGUAACGAUUACAUCGAUUUUGAAGCUUUAGAGUUUUUGCAUCGUUCGUUAUGCGGUUUACGAGGUGGAGGAAGACCUGCAGUAAAUAUCCUAAUGCCCGCUAUUGGUCGAUAUAUCAAUACAUUAUCCAAUCAGUCGAUCGACAAAGCAUUAGAAACCAUCUGCGUAAAGAUAUUCGGAAAUAAAUCAGAGUUAGACUUGGUAAAAAGUUCGUACAACGGUUACUUUUUACAAAAGAAAUGCGAUGAUCGUGAGCUAACAAAUCCGUCUACUAAAUGGUCUGAAAUAUUGAACGCAGCUCGAGGCCGGAAUAGAAAUAUCGUCGCUCCUUCUUACAUUUGGGGUAUUUUGAAAGAUCAAGUUUUGGGGCUAGAAGUAGAGUUCGAAGACCUUAGGAAACCAUUUAGUGAACUGAAACCGAGUGCUACGGUUACGCGAGCGUUACGUCAACGAAUGUAUGGAAUUUUACUGUACGAAUACGAACAUUUGAGCGAUGUAAAAAUUGAAGAAUGGUGCGCUGAACAUGCGUUGAGUUAUCAUCAGCCAGUAUUUGUCAAACCUACAGUACCAACUGUUGAACAUCCAGGACUGCUUCGAUUAUGGAGCGAUGACUCGAACAACGAACUCGGCGAAAUUAAAUGGAAAUUAUUCUUGUGGUGUAUUUCGCCAAACCUCAUCUCGAUCGACGAUUGGUGUACGUUGACUGCUGACUUGGUUGCUAUUUCAGCUACUUUACUUUAUCUCAUUGAACAAGAAUUCAUCGACGAGGAGGAACUCAAUGCGGUGAUUGCCACAGUGGCUACGUAUUCGUUAUACAGCAGGGAAAAAUUGAAGAGUUUGGAUUACGGCGUUCAUAAUCCAAGAUGUACUCAUAUUAGCAUCUGUGUGAUAAGAACUUUUAGCUUCAUUGUCACGUUGAUGGCUGCGGUUGGAUAUCCAGUGCCUCUCUCAAGUGACUUGGUUUAUUUGAAACUCGAAGCGAAGCUGUUCCAAAUUAAAUUCGAGGAAAUGAGGCGAAAGAAAAGCGUCCAAGAAAUGUGUGAAAAUGACGAUAAAUCGAUCGAAGUAUUCAGUCUGAUGAAGAAGGUCCUCGGUCCAGCUUUUCAAAAAAGUUCAAUCGUGGAAUCUGCUGCAGAAGACAAAGGUUUCGAAAAUCAAGCCGACGGUGAUAAGCAAUCGGAAGAUGACCUCGCAGCGACGAUAGCUGAAAUGAAACUAUUAUAUUAGUUCAAAAAACUAUUUUUUUCAAGCUUUCUUAUCUGUUGUUUUUUCAUGUGUUGUUUUUUAAUUUUUAAUACUAACUUUUGUUGGAAAAUUUUUCUGAAAUAAUUUUGAAUUUUCAAGUCA